AUGCAGGAGGUGUGGCGGUCCGUGGAGCCGCCCGCGCCGCUCGAGACGAAUUCGCUGGUGCAGCAGAACCUCGAGCACGCGGACGGAGCUGGAGGCGUGGGUGGAGGCGCAGAAGACGCGUCUCUUGGAGGAGAAGCGCGCCGACCAACUGCGGGCGCAGGAGCACGCGCGGGCGACGGACGAGGCGCAGCGCAGGCGCGAGAUGCUGCAGAUCGAGCACCAGAGACCGUCAACGGAGUGCCACACGAAGGAGAAGGAGGUGACUGCGAGUCAAGUGGAGAUCGAGGCGCUGCAGGCCGAGAAGAGCAGGAGGGAGCCGGUGGUGAAACAUUUGCUGGCCAAGAUGGGCUCGCCAUGUAUCAGAAACCGGGACUCGUCUUUGAGCACUCGGAAGUGAAUCGCAUUGUCAUCCGGUUCACUCAGAUUGACGCACAGGACCCCAGUCGUGAGUUUUCGUUUCGCAUCACGAUCAACCCCAUCACGGAUCGAUACAUUGUCGAUAACUGCAACGAAGAAGUCGCGGCGCUGGACGAAUUGGUCACGAAUCUGAACGAGUCUGGUGACUUGGCGCGCUUUGUCCGCUCCAUGCGCCGACAGUUCAAGCAGCUCGUGUAG